AGGAAAAGAUUUGUUAGCAUAAUCCCUAUAUUAUAUAAUAAAACAUAAAUACUUAAAAAAAAUUAACAAUCACGUAGUAGUAAUUCUAAAGUAAUGGAUCACGGCAAAGAUGAAAAACGAAAGGCACAUCCGAAGGAAAAAGCCAAUAUAUUUUCUCUUUUAACUUUUUUUUACACAAGAAAAUUUUUUGGCAAAGCUUUAAAAAAUGACCUCCAGGAAAAAGAUUUGUAUAGUGUGCUGGAUAGUUGCAAUUCUAAGAGUCUAGGGGAUCAGGUGGAGUUGGCCUGGAAGAAAAUAGGCUCCGGAGGAAAAAAACCAUCGAUAGCGUUAUUAUUAUGGACAUGUUUUGGAAUACGUUUCAUGAUUUUAGGGCUCAUACUUGUUACAUGGAAAGUGAUGUACACAAUUGUGGAGCCCUAUUCAAUGAGUCAACUGAUAGGCUACUUUAAAGAGGGUCAGACGGAAAUAAGCAGACAGGAUGCAUAUUAUUACGGGUCAAUUUUGGUGGGAAUGAGCAUUGCACAGUUUUUAUUCCUUCACAAUUGGAUUUUGUGUAUGCAAACGCUCGCCAUUCAAAUUCGAACUGGGCUGUCGUCAUUAAUUUACAGAAAAGCACUGAAGUUAACUCCUUCCGCAAUGGCAAACGUCAAUUUCGGAAACAUUGUCACUUUAAUGACCAAAGACGUUGCAACGUUUGAGAGAGCCUCUUGGAUAAUUAACGAUUUUUGGAUAUGUACCACCCAAGCUCUAGUCACUUGUUAUUUGCUGUUUUUCAAAAUUGGUUGGGUUGCUUUUAUGGGGAUUGCUUGCAUGCUUCUUUUAAUCCCAAUUCAAUUGUUUUUGGGAAAGUUAAUAGGCCUAAUGUGGCUUAAUGUCGGUGCUAAGAUGGACGAAAGGCUGCAAGUAACUCAAGAAACAUUAUCGUCCAUUAAAAUUAUAAAAAUGUAUACAUGGGAAAAGUAUUUUUACGAUUUAGUUACGCUGGCAAGAAAAAAUGAAGUCGACUCUAUGCUAAAAGGAAAUUACCUGAAGUAUGCCCUACUGUUGGUCGGUGUUCUCGGAUCAAAGGUCUCGUUUUAUAUUUUAAUCAGAAACUUAUGGAUACACGAAAACGCUUCCCCAGAGCUCAUAUUUUACAUUGUAGCCUGUUAUAAAAAUUUAAAAUGGUCAAUGGAGUACUUGAUUCCAACCAGUUUGGCCCAAGCUUCUGUGCUGUACGCCAGCGCGAAAAGAAUUAAUUUGUUGCUGCAGGCGGAAGAAAUGAAAAAGGCGGAAGGUUCCGGUUCCGAUGAAAUAACAUCAGAACCGAAAGUCGAACUGAAAGGAGUUAUGGUAAAAAUCAAGGAUAUGAUCAUACUUCAAGACGUAUCUUUAAGCUUAAGCGCAGGAUUGACGCUGGUUACAGGCAACGUUGGCUCUGGAAAGAGUUCCCUUGUGAAGACAAUUUUGCAGGAUUAUCCAAAAGAUGCCGGGGGCCACUUGGUCACCUACGGAAGGAUUUCGUAUGCCUCGCAGGAUCCGUGGCUAUUUCCUUCUUCCGUUAAAAAUAACAUAUUAUUUGGUGAAAAGUUCGAUCCCGAGAGAUACGAGGAGGUAAUAAAUGUUUGCUCUCUCAAAUUUGACCUUGAUUGCUUGGAUAACGGUGACGAGACCAUAGUGGCCGACAGAGGAAUUAACUUGAGCAAAGGGCAACAGGCCAGAAUUAAUUUGGCUAGGGCUGUUUACAAGCAAAGCGAAAUUUACUUGUUGGAUGACUCGCUGACGGCUCUUGAUGCACACGUUCAAGACUUUAUAUUCGAAAAAUGCAUAAAAGGGUUCCUGAAGGGCAAGUUGGUAGUUUUGGUUACACAGAGACAUCAUCAUUUGAUGGAAGCGGACACUGUGGUGAUUAUGAGCAAUGGCACGAUCGAAUCGACCGGGCAACCAACCAAACAAUUGAUUGAACAGGUGAAACAAGCUAUGAGCGAAGACAAUGAAAUCGACGAAGGCGAAACCAAAGUGAUGCCAGUAAAAAACGAUUACGAAGUCAUUCAAAACGAGAAACUCGAGGUACCUGACAAAGAUACCCAACCCACAGAACAACACACUUUAAUCGAGGAAAGAAAUAAAAAAAUAUAUCACGAAGAAAAUAAGCAGGGCAGCGUGAAAUUUGGCGUUUAUAAUAAAUAUAUUCAAUUUGGAGGAGGAUAUUUUGUUUUCCUCGGUAUUAUAGUUGCAUUCACUGCUGCACAAUACACUGAAAGUUAUUCGGACAAACUUUUGAGCUCCUGGGUUGAUUAUACACCGAAAUUGUUGAUUUGUCAAGAACUUUUAAAUGCCAGCACCAAUGCAUCAGAAUGUGCCGGAAUCGAAAAGGAUAGUACAUUUACUUUUAACUUGUUUAGCUUGAUGCUGAUAAUUUCGGUGGCAUUACAGAUAAUAAGGACUUAUUGCCUGUUGAAUUUUGCCAGGGUGGCUUCUUUUUGCAUACACAAAGCCAUGACACACUCUAUUAUAAAUGCGGUCAUGUAUUUUUUUGAUUCGCACUUUAUUGGCAAUAUCAUUAACAGAUUUUCGCAAGAUUUAAACAAUUUGGACGAAGUGGUCCCCAGUGUGCUACGUGAAUGCUUUGGGAUUUUGUUUACCAUUGGAGGAAUCGUAUUUAUAUUGGCAAUGAUAAACUGGAGAUUUUUUUUGGCAGCUAUAAUAUUUGGGAUAAUAAUAGUUGUGCUAAAAAAACUGUAUAUACCAGCAGGACGAAGUUUAAAAAGAUUAGAGUCAUCAACUCGAAGUCCUAUAAUGGGCCAUUUAAACGCAUCAAUGGAAGGCCUAACAACCAUAAGGGCUUUUAAACAGCAACGUAUUUUAAAAGACGAAUUUGAUCGUCAUCAGGAUCUCUUUACGUCAGCUCACUACACUUUACACUGUUCAAAUCGAGCAUUAGAUUUUGCUAUGGACUUUUUGAGUACAAGUUUAAUAACAAUUGUUAUAUCCAGGUUUAUGUUCUUCAAUUCCGGGGAAAGUGCCGGUGAGGUUGGAUUAGCCAUUACUCAGGUGUUUAUAUUGGCCGGCCAGGUCCAAUGGGGCAUACGGCAAUGGGCCGAGCUGGAAAACCAGAUGACAGGGAUGGAACGUGUUAUGGAAUACACGGAAAUUAAGCCAGAAAACGGGUCUGGUCAAUCGCCGCAAGAUUGGCCCAAACACGGAGCGGUACAAUUCAAAAAGGUUUCUCUAAAAUAUCGAAACACGCACGAGGCAGUCUUAAAGGAUCUGAAUAUAGAGGUGAAAGCCGGGGAAAAGGUCGGGAUCGUGGGACGCACCGGGUCCGGAAAAUCUUCCAUUAUUUCGACCCUGUUCAGAUUGUACGACAUCGAAGGCUCCAUCGAUAUCGAUGGGGUGGACAUAAAAACCGUUUCGCUGACGCAACUUAGAAAAAGCAUCGCCAUCAUUCCUCAAGAUCCGGUUUUGUUUAGGGGCACGAUAAGAUCAAACAUCGACCCGUUAAACAUGUUUAAAGACGAACAAAUAUGGGAGGCGAUUGGAAAAGUUAAAAUUAAGGAUAUGAUUCCGAGCCUUGAUAUGCCGAUCAAAGAAAGCGCAACAAACUUCAGUUCGGGACAACGGCAGCUCGUUUGUCUUGCCAGAGCGAUUAUUAGGAAAAAUAAAAUUGUCGUUUUGGAUGAGGCGACAGCAAACAUGGACUCAGAAACAGAAGCCUUGUUGAACAACACUAUCAAGGAGAUUUUCAAAAAUUGUACCGUAUUCACUAUAGCUCACAGAUUGCACUCAAUUAUUGAAUGCGACAAGGUCUUGGUACUUGACAGGGGAAACGUGCUUGAGUACGAUCAUCCAAAGACAUUACUGAAAAACAGGGAGGGUUCUUUCUCGAAAAUGGUUCAGCAGUCUGAUUUACACGUGGACGAAUGAUUUUAUAAUUGUUUUAUUAACGUAUGUAUGACUGGGCCAAAAAAAUCAACUUUUUUUUUU